AUGCGAAUUCUUGUCACGCUCGCUCAGUAUGCGCUCCCGGCUCUCGCUCUGGCUCACCGCCGCCAGAGUACAAACGGCACCAGCUUGGAUCCUUGCGGUCUCGUCGGCGAAUAUUUCGAUUAUGUUGCCGGCCAGUUAGGGAAUCAGACCUCGCAAGCAGUUAGACCUGGCCAGCUAGCCCAAGACUGUCUCUUGUCUUUUCCUUAUGACCGCGACUUCGCCAACAAAACCAUCCGGGAGCUCAGGAAGUACGUCGAGUUCCGAUCGAGCCUAGAGCUCCUAAAGAAUCCGCCAAAAACAUAUAUGUCCAGAGCAGUAGACAUUUUCGAUCUCGACCUCCAGCGGCUCUUCACCUCCGCUCACGACAGUCAUUUCGAUUACAAACCUUGUUCACUAGGGCUCUUCUACUCCUCUCAACAUGGCGCCCACUUGGUAUCCGUCUCUAAAAACGGGCUAGAUCUGCCCGACCUCUACCUUUAUAGCGACAUCAGCAGCUCACGAGGCAGUGUCAACGCUUCUCCCAUUGCUAGCAUCAACGCGCAAGGUGCAAUGCAAUAUGUUGAAACAGCUAGUGCUGCGAGCGUGGAGCAAGAUCCAGACGCUCGGUGGAACUCUUUAAUGAUGAAUAAGGCAGGAAGACCCUCUGGCUUGGCAGUGACAUCCUUGUGGCCGGGAGCGAACCAAACAACCAUUGCACUACGUGACGGCUCAGUUAAGGUGUUUGACACAGUGGCGAGCCUUAGCCUCAAUAUUUCCUCGACUGCUUUUACCACUUCACGGCAUGUUUUCGAUGCUACAUGCGGCUCUCCGUCGUUCCUAGCGAGCCUAAACGCUGACUCAGACGAUGAAGGGCCGUUCCAAACAGGUCCUGAGGGCUAUCCUGAGCCACGGAUUCGCGACGACCUUAACCAGAUCUUAGGGUUUGAUUUAGAUUCUGAAACAGUCGUCAUGCGAAUUCCUACAUUUGGAAGAUCAAACAACUCGGCAACUGUUGCAAAGAAGGCCACCGAAAUCAUUACUCAGGCAAAAGCCUCCGGCCGAAGCAAGCUCAUCGUUGACGUCUCUGGCAAUAAUGGCGGCGAACAAAAUCGCUACUUUAAUAACUUCUCCCUCUUGUUCCCAGAUCCAUUUCCCUACGAUGCGCUACGCAUUCGAAGGAGCGAUAGCACUGCAAUCAUGGCCAAAUUUCUAGAAUCACCUUCGGCCAACGAUUCAAAUACGAAUGUGUCUUUGAAUUACCAAGAUUUCUUAAGACCAGAUCGGCAACGAGGCUUCUCGUCUCUGGCCGAGUUCCUUGGGGAGGAAGAGAUUUCUGGGACGAAACUUACCGCUCUCCACACAGUCAACUUUACCAAAGAGUCGACCGCAGAGAGGCCGAUUCGCGGACAUGGAGCCGCUCUCGGUGACAUUAACAAGACGCUUGGGUAUGGGCCUGAAGAUGUACUUAUUAUCACCGACGGCUAUUGCCAUUUAUCUUGUGCUGCCUUUGUCGAUCUGUUGAGCCAUAUUGCCAAGGUUCGAACCGUGGUUUUCGGCGGUCGCCCGCAGCUCGGACCCAUACAAGGAAUUAGGGGUGUUCGAGGCGGAAAUGUCGUCCAGUUUUCUGCACUUGCAGAGUUGGCACGCGAGGUGGUUUCUACGGAAGCCACUAACCACACUACCACUAACCUUACCGGUGACUGGUUCACCGAUGCUGAUAGGGAGCUCGCCAAGACAAAGCUCCCCGGGUUUGACGCUUCAUUCGGCUUGGCAAGAUCGGUUAACUUUCAAAAUAAAUACUAUAUGGACAACGGCAAUCUUUUCCUUCAAUUCGAUUAUCAAUCUGCCGAGUGCCGACUUUUCUUCACCGCGGACAACGUCAACUCGCCUGCCACGGCCUGGGCCGCCGCCAAGAAAGCCAUCUGA